AUGGAGUAUCAUUAUCUUGUUCUCAUUUUCACCUUAACAUUUGCUCUUAUGGUACAAUCUAAUUUAGCUUGGUUAGGAAAAACUGAAAAGAUCAUUGCAGAUACGGAGGACUACCUCGACAAAAAUGCUAAUGCGGCCGCGACCGCCAUGGAAGCAUAUAAUCCUGAGCUGUUAGCGUCUUUAACAGAUACAGAUUCGACAAGAAGGGACCUACAUGAAUGUCACGCAAGGAACCCGAUUGAUAAGUGUUGGCGGGGCAAAGCCGACUGGGCGGAAAACCGACAAGCGUUAGCCCAAUGCGUGACCGGUUUUGCAAAAGGAACUACAGGGGGCGCGGGUGGGGAAAUCUAUACGGUGACAUGUUGUUCUGACGAAGACGCCACAAAUCCAACACCAGGGACGUUGCGCUACGGUGUCACCCAAGAGAAGCCUUUGUGGAUCAUAUUUGAAAGAGAUAUGGUGAUUACUUUGAAACACACACUUGUGGUGUCUAGUGACAAAACAAUUGAUGGUAGAGGUGCAAAAGUUGAGAUUGCUUAUGGUGGUGGUAUCACCAUUCAUGGUGUCAACAAUAUCAUUGUUCAUGGGAUUAACAUCCAUGAUGUUAGAGAAAUGCCAGGGUUUGGAUCAAGAUGUGGUUGUGAUGGUGAUGCUAUUACUGUUAAAAGUUCUUCAAAGAUAUGGAUCGACCAUUGCUCCCUUAGUAAGGGUGUAGAUGGGCUCAUUGAUGUCACUGUGGGUAGCACGGCUGUAACCAUUUCCAAUUGCAAAUUCACCGAUCAUGACAAAGCCAUAUUGCUUGGAGCGGACGACAAGCAUACUGAAGAUAAAGCAAUGCAUGUCACGGUCGCAUACAACAAGUUUGAAGGAAUCACCCAAAGAAUGCCUAGAUGUCGCUUUGGCUUUUUUCAAGUCGUUAACAACGAUCAUUGCGGAUGGGGGAUUUACGCCAUUGGUGGUAGUUCGAAUCCUACUAUUCUCAGCCAAGGCAACCGAUUUUGUGCUCCCAAUGAAGCUCACCUAAAACAGGUUACAAUGAGGACUAAUGCCAAAGAGGAAGAGUGGAAGAACUGGAAUUGGAGAUCAUCAGACAAGGAUGUAUUCGAAAAUGGAGCCUUCUUUGUACCAUCCGGGGUUGAUCCGCAGCUAACCCCUGAACAACAAGAACACAUGAUUGAAGCUGCACCAGGAUGUCACGUUCCGAAACUCACUAGUUGUGCGGGCGUACUCUCAUGCGUGCCCGGACAACCUUGUUAACAACCCUAUUAACAUACAUUGUUUUACAUUUAUUCGCAUUUUAAGUAUUAUAUUUCCUUAAGAGCUAGUAUAUCUAUCCAAUUUGGCUCACCAACUUCACCUAUCACUUAUACAUUGGUGUUGCCCACCUCUACCCGCUCGAUUUCUCCGCUUCUCCACUGACACAGACGGAUUCCACAUCCCCUCCUGUCCACACAGAUUGCGUUCGUGCGGGCAAAAAUGCCCCCUCUCUCCUCCACA